AUGGAGAUGGGUCAAGUAGCACUCCAAAUCAGGAGUCCUGUGCUAAGGAAGCAGGGCGGUGCCCGCCCUCUGGCUCUGUUCUCCUCCCUUGAGGUGCAUUCCAGAAAGAAGCCCAGCUUGAGUAGACCGCCUUGCGCACGGUCUUUUUGGACGAGGAUAGAGGCAGCCAGCUCUCUUGGCAGCACCUCCAGCAUAGACUUCGAGGAGGAUGAGCUGCUCGCCAGGACUCUGCCAGAGGCCUCAGACGACCCGGCGAGCACCUCCGGGCAGGGAGGACACAACGGGACAGCCGAAAGCGCCGCAGCAAGCAGCAGCUCAAUGGAGGGUGCUCACAGCACAGCACCGCCACCACCUCGCUUACAGUACGGCGACGGUGCAUGGAAGCUGCGCUUCCCGCUGUCGCGCUGGAAGCAGAAGAAGCCGGCCCGCCUGGUCAGGCAGGCAGUGCGGCUGCCGCCGCCGCCGGUGUUGCCCGGGACGCGGCAGCAGCCGAAAGCCGCGCCGCCGCCGCGGCCGGCGGUGACUCGCUCGCUUAGUCGCGCGCAGUCAUCGUCCUUCAGGAAGGCGUCCGGCUGGGGCCCGCUGGCCUGGCUGCAGCAGCGGUUUGGGCAGGAGUCGACGACAGACUAUGUGAGGAUAGACUUCCGGGCAGCCUCCAAACAGAUGGUCAACCCCUUCCAGCCGUCCUCGUGGCCCAAGCUGGAUGUGGAUGUGGGCACCUUCUGGGGCCUGCUCGUGCUCAGCCUCGCCUACGUGCACCACUCCACCACAGGGUUCGCGCUGCCAGCGCUGCUGCCGCUGAUCAGCCCCGACUUGCAUCUAUCAGACAGCGAGGGGGCUUUGCUCACAGUCGGAUACACGUUGCUGUAUGCGCUGGCCCUCAUCCCAGCAGGCUACCUGGCUGACAAAGCAGACAGGCCGCGCCUGCUGGCGGCCGGCCUCGCUCUCUGGAGCGUCCUCACCAUGGCAGCCUCCAAGGUGACGACGUUCCAGGAGCUGCUGCUGCUGCGCGUGGGCUUUGCGGCGGCGCAAGCGACGCAGAACCCGAUCUGCUUCUCGCUCAUCCCGGAGCUGUUCCCGCGCGAGCGCACGACUGCGAUGGCGGCCUACAACAGCGCCAUCUACAUGGGCCGCGCACUCUCCUUCGCCGCCGUCAUCAUCGCCGGCCAGCUUGGCGUCACCCACUCCACGACCGAAUCCGUCGGCGUCCAGCUGGCGCGUAAUCUCUUCCUUGCCGUGCCAUUGGAUGCGGUGGACCUGUCGCAUGUGAGCAUCCUUUACACGCAGGGCGAGAUGGCCGCCAUCACACCCAUCUACGACUACAAUUUCCAGGUGGUGUUUACAAAGCUGGCGGAGUCGUCGUGGCGCACCCUGCUGUUCUGGCUGGGCCCCCCGGGGCUGGUGAUAGCGGGACUGGCGCUUCUGACACUGGCGGAGCCGCGCAAGGCGCAGGGCAACCCGCUCGCCUCGCUGCUGGCAUACUUCCGGCCGGCGCAGCUCGCGCAGCAGACCAUCGAGGAACUCAGCGCGCAGCAGUACGCCAAGACGCUGACGGCGGCUCAGGCACGCGCAGAGCGGAAGGCGGCGAUGCUGAAGAAGGCGGAGGAGGAGGAGAAGCGCAACAGUGACAUGUGGGCCUCCGCGGUGACGGCUGCGGCGGCGAUGAACGACGUGGGCAGCUGGGCGCUGGUGAGUUUCCAGGCGACGUUCUAUUCGCGCGUCUAUGAUUUGAGCCCGGACGUGUACGCGCCCGCGCUCGCCGCAGUGCUGCCCAUCGGCGGCAUCAUCGGCGGCGUCACCGGCGGCCUUGCCGGCGACUGGCUCUCACGCCGCGGCGGCCGCCAGUGGCUCACUGCAGGCGCGACGAUCGCGGCGGCUCCGGUGCUGGUGGCCAACCUGAUGGCGCCGGACUACCACCAGUCGCUGGCGGCGCUGCUGGUCGGCUUUGCGCUGAGCGAGAUGUGGCGCGCGCCGGCCGCCAUCAUGAUCCGCGACGUGUCCCCGCCCAACCUCGGCUCCACCGGCUCAGCCGUCCACCUCUGUGCCCGCAACCUCAUCGGCGGCCUUGGGCCCCUCGCGGUUGCGGGGCUGGAGGAGAAGGUGGGGCUGCAGCAGGCGCUGCUGAUUGUGCCUAUUAUGUACCUGCUGUCCGGCAUCGGCUUCUACUUUGCUGAGAAGAUCGUCGCCUCUGAGAAUGCGGAAGCGAAGGCCGCGGACCCCUUUGCUGCGCGCUAA